AUGAGCUGGCAGCAGAACACGUCUUUAUGGUCAAUUUGCAGCCAUACUCUACGUCAUACCAGCGCUCAUGGAGUGCCCAAUAUCAUACGUUCCCAGGACCGCUGGAGAAGUUGCUGCUGGACAGCAUUUGUGUUGCUGGUGCUAGGCUGUAUGCUUUGGCAGUGCAGUCAGUUAACAGCUACCUAUCUGCAAUACCCAACACAAGAAAAGGUCACGCUUGUGAACAGCGCCAGGCUCCCCUUUCCAGCUAUAACAUUUUGCAACCUUAAUCGUGCCAGAAUGUCCCAACUUAACUUGUCAAAGUAUGAUUUUUUAAAAGAGUAUUUGCCAGCUUCACAUAAUGAACAUGAGGAUGGGCAGCAUGAGGAUGGGCUGCAUGAGGAUGAGUCGCAUGAAGAUGAGCCGCACAGCCAUGCAAGUGAUAGAAACUUUGCUUUUGCUCUGUCUCAGCUAAGUACCCGAGAUCAGAUGGAACUGGGACACCAGAUAAAGGACAUGCUGAUUUCCUGCGUUUUUCAUGAUGAGGUUUGUAAUGAAAGCUAUUUCACCCCUUUCUUGAAUCCAAAGCUUGGGAACUGUUACACCUUCAAUGGACCAAAAAAUCUGGAAACAAUGAUUCAGCCAACCGAGGUGUUAAAUGCCACCAAAGCCGGCUUCAGUUAUGGUCUGACUAUGGAGCUUUUCAUUGAGCAGAAUGAGUAUAUCAGUACUCUGAGCACAGCAGCAGGUCUGAGAGUACUUCUGCAUGGACAAGGGAAGAUGCCAUUCCCUGAAGAUGAGGGAGUCAAUGUUCCUCCUGGACAGGAGUCAGACAUUGGAGUAGUGAAGGUCCAUGUCAAACGUUUGCAAGAACCGUACAGCAGUCGUUGUAGCAGUGGCCAGGACAUAAGGAAUUAUUAUUCUGAUGUUUAUGGAACUGACUACAGCAUAGAGGCCUGCAAGAAGAGCUGCGCUCAGACUAAAAUGAUCAUAAACUGUGGGUGCAGAAUGUGGGAGUUCCCCGAACCCCCUGGGAGUGAUGUACCUCUGUGUAAUAUCAGUGAACCAUCUGUCAAUCACUGUGUGGAAAUGUAUGAAUAUAAACUAUCCCACGAUCAGCUGAAAUGUCACUGUCCUCUUCAGUGUCAGGAAGAGAUUUUUGAACUCACACUAUCUUCAUCACAAUGGCCAAGCAGUACGUAUCUGGACUACUUUUCAAAGCACAUUCAAAGCAGACACAGCUAUCAAGAUGUGAAAAAUAUAAGGGACAAUGUGGUAAAGGUCGUGGUUUAUUACCAGCAGUUAAAUUAUGAAUUGAUAGAAGAAGUGCCCUCAAUGCAGCUGGUGGACCUGUUCUCUAGUAUAGGAGGUCUGGUAGGACUUUGGAUUGGGGUGUCUGUGUGCACAGUGGCUGAGUUCCUAGAGCUAAUACUGAAUUUACUGACGUUUGUCAUUGGUCGGAUACCAAAAAGAGAAGAUGUACCAGAAAACCCAUAUUUAACACCAAUACCUCAACCAGAAGCAUGCUCUCCAGUGUUUUCUGGUGACCUCUAUUUUCUGUGGAAUCCGCAAGAUGAUGUCUCCAGUCUUCUUAAGAAUAUCUCAGAGGACAGUCAAAGUCUUCAAAACCCCUAUCAGAGUUAUGAGACGUUAAAUGAUUGGGGGCUUCACACAAUCCCAUGUGAGGAGACUGUCCGUGCUAGUUAUGAGGUCCACCUGUCGGUUGGCAAAGUCCACUCCCAAGUUGAGGCGGCCUAUAUGGUGUAUCUGUGCUCCAAAGCAUUCCUCCUCUGGGCGCGCUCUGAGUCUGUGCACUUCCAGCUGGCCGCAUUGACAUAA